AUGAGCAAGUUAGUCUCAACACCACCACUUGUUAGUUUAAACCCUGCUAAAAGUGUACAAGAAGUCGAAAUUCGUCUUCACGAGCCUCUCAUUCCAAAGCCCGGCUCUCGCAAAAAACGAUUAGGCUUAGAAAUAUUAAAUGCACUUACCAGACUUGAGCUCUUGUUAAAUAAGGAAGAGGCAUUUGCGAGUGCGGAUCAAGAGAUUCAGAAUAUACCCCAG